AUGGCUUCUCCUCUCCCUGAACUUCGAUGGGGCAUCAUCGCCACCGGCAUGAUAGCCUCCUGGUUCGUGACAGACCUAAGCCUCAGCCGCCCAGACGCACGCGCAAAACACGCAAUCCGAGCCAUCGGUUCAAGCAGCAAACCAAAAGCCCAAAAGUUCAUGGAAGACUUCAUUCCAUCUUCCAAACACCCAUCUAUCUCCGGUUAUGGUACUUAUGAAGAGGUCUACGCCGAUCCAAACAUCGACAUAGUCUACAUAGCUACACCCCAUGCCUUCCACAAACAGAACUGUCUCGAUGCUAUCAACGCCGGGAAACAUGUACUUUGCGAGAAGCCAUUCACAGUCAAUGCCCAGGAAGCAAAGAUCGUGAUAGACGCCGCCAGAAAGAAGGGUGUCUUCGUAAUGGAAGGGCUGUGGACACGAUUCUUCCCAAUUACAACAAAGUGGAAUGAGCUUCUGCACGAGCAACAGGUCCUCGGUGACAUCAAUCGGGCAUUUGUCGACUUCUCACUUGACAUGCCCAUCAAGGAAUUACCUGCUACAUCGCGACUCUUGGACGUCAAGCUCGGCGCCGGGUCCUUGCUGGAUAUCGGUAUUUACGCUAUCACCUGGGGUCUAUUGAGUCUGGAAACCCCCGGCGCAAAAGAACAGCCUCAGAUCAGUGCGAGGCAGACAUUAGUCAACGAUAUUGAUGUCAGCUCUUCUAUUCUUCUACACUAUGGUCAGACUGGUCGUCAAGGGAUUAUUACCUCAUCGAUGCUUCACAAGUCUGAUGAUGUUUUCGCGCGGGUUGAAGGAAGUAAGGGAACGCUUUUUCUUAGUGGACCUGGUGCUUCUGUGCCGGAUACUAUCACCUUGGUUCUGAAGUCUGGUAGUGCUGGGAAGGAUAUGGGGGAUACAAAGAAGGGAGGUGAAGAGGUUAGGCGCGAGGAGGUUUUCAGGUUUGAGGAGAUACCCGGGGGUAGGGGAUUCUACUACGAAGCCGACUCUAUUGCUCUCGAUGUUAGCUCUGGCAAGAAAGAGAGCGGAGUGAUGCCUCUCGAUGAGACAUUGAGGGUUAUGCAAAUGAUGGAUGAGGUGCGUGCUCAGGGUGGAGCUAAGUUUCCUCAAGAUGAACAAGCUUAG